CAAGCCUAUUGUUAUACCUAGAUAUUUUGAUUAUGCUUUGUUGACUAGGAUGGGUUUGAAAUCAAAAAUUGAUGAAAUAGUUGGUAGAAUGGGUUUAAAUUUUAUUGCACAUGGUAAGUAUCAAGUUUAUAAAGAGUUAACUAGAGAAUUUUAUACCACCUUGAAUUAUGCCUCUAAGAAUGAAAAAGCAAUUUCUUUUAGAAUAAAAGGGGUUGAUUAUAGCAUAGGGUAUGAUUUUAUGAAUCAGAAAUUGAAGUUGCCUAAAGGUGGCAUUAGAGGUUGUCCUUCAAAUUUUGAUGUUAAUAGAGUAUGGAAGCAAUUGACCGGUGAAGACUCGGUCGAUUUACAACAAGCUCCUAAUGGACUCAUAAUUGAACCAUCAUAUCUUAUAUUUCAUAAAUUCCUUUGUCAUUCUAUAUGUGGUAAAAAGGAGUCGAAUAGAGUAACGAAGGAUGAUUUACUAGUACUUGACUAUUUAGUGCGACGUUCGGCAAAAAGUGUUGAUUUCAUACACUUAAUUUUUAAAAGCAUGAUGACCAUGGCAACAUCAUCUAAAGUUGCACUUGGAAAUGGUCAUUUAGUAACUUGUAUAGCAUUGCUUCAUAGUGCUAUUGAUGAGGAUGAUUUGCAUAAGAUGGAAUGUUUGGGGGAUGCGUAUCUUAAUGAAACUAUGCUCCGUAAAGCCGACAUUCUUGAUAUGGAUGGAGAAUUGAUGAAUGUAAAGGACCGAAAUUGUUAUUUAAUUAAAACUGGCCAGCCGAGAAGAGGAAAGGGAAGAAAAGCAGAAAUAGAAGAUGACUGUGACGAAGAUGAGGAUAAUGUAAGUAGAGAACUGGAAACCGAGAAUGGUCAAGGUGAGGUGGUGAGGGAUGAUGUCGGUAUAGAUCAACCAAGAGAGGAGGAAGUGAGGCGACCAAGAAAGCCGAAGCGAAGGGGAGCUUUUGAAGAGGAAGUACUUUCUUUGUUAAAUGAAACAAAGUCCAGGUUGACUAAUAUUGAAACAUCUAUCGAAGAGAUUAAAAGAGAACAACGAAGGUCACAUCGCCGAUGGAAGGCUUGUUUCGGCACCUUGGGAGCACAUGAUCCUUCACCUCCACAUACACCGGAGAGUUAAGAUAAGAUGGGUGGCUGAUUGCAUAGUUGGUUCUAAAUAUCUAAUUCUGGAUACGCUGUUUUGGAGACUUGGAGGUGCAGUUUUGAAGACGUGGAGCAGAUGUAUAUGCAUAGCUGUUGAUUAUGGAUUUAGUAUUUUGAAUUUGGAGGUUUAUGUAUUUGAACAUAAGUAGGUUUAAUUGUGAUAAACUCAUGUGUUAUUAGUAGGUCUGAAAUGUUA